GGCCAACAGUUAAGAAGUUGUCAACAUGAAAGCCGCUCGUUCUAGCCCACGGAGGCUUUGUGGGCAAGCUUGGUUUCCUACUGGAGCGGCCGCAAUUCUAACAUUAGCUCCGAACAAGCUUGAUGGCUAGGUGACUGGCCUUAGGAUUUUAGUGAGCGGCAACCGGCCGUCCCCAGCUGUUUGUUGUUCUGAUGUUGUCAGCAGGAAACCACUAACAGAAGUCAACUGACUCCUCGGAGCUACCUUAUCAGAACAUAGCGCUGUGAGUUCUAUCUAGUUCUUAUCAAGAAGGCUCUUGGUGGGAGAACAUUCUAGAUGCUUUUUUCGGUAGAUUCCCGAGGCCAUCUGGAAUAGUCGCGGAAAUGCGUUGAUCCGGCCUCAAGGAACGCUCCCAGGAUGGGACUUCACGGAAGCAAAAGCAAGCCUCUCUGGAGGGAGAAGAACAAUUCCAUUUAUAGGCUGAAACGAAGAAAGAAACCUCCUCCACCUCCACCAGAGGGCAAACCAAGCAAAUCCAGCACUUCUUUGGACCGGCUUUCAAGUGAUGAAAAGCACUAUGUGAUCGCACAAUACGAUUUCAUCCCCAUGAGCGACCGUGAUCUGCCUUUGACUGUAGGAGAGAAGUUUGAAGUCCUCCACAGUGCCGGAGAUUGGUGGCUAGCCAAAUCACUUACGACGGGGGACAAAGGCUACAUCCCCAGUAAUUUUGUGGUUCGUGCCAACAGUCUGGAAGAAGAAAAGUGGUUUUUCAAAGAUCUCAGCAGAAAAGAAGCUGAACGGCUGUUAUUAGCUCCAGGCAACAUACUGGGUUCAUUUCUGAUUCGGGAAAGUGAAACAACUCCAGGUGACUACUCACUUUCCAUUAGAGACAGCUCGCCGCAAGGGGAUGUGGUCAAACAUUACAAGAUCCGCAGGUUGGACCAGGGAGGAUAUUACAUCUGUCCCAGGAAUAUGCUUUCUUCUCUGAACCAGCUUGUGAACCACUAUUCAGCAAACCAAGACGGCCUGUGCCAGAGGCUGACUGAGCCGUGUCUGUCUCUCACUCCGGAAAGACCCUGGCUGACCGACGAGUGGGAAAUCCCUCGGGACAGCUUGAAACUCAUCAAGAAGUUGGGAGCCGGCCAGUUCGGCGAGGUGUGGAUGGGGUAUUACAAGAAUAACAUGAAGGUGGCCAUCAAGACCCUAAAGGAAGGCAGUAUGCCUCCAGACGCCUUUCUGGCCGAGGCCAACUUGAUGAAGCGGCUCCAACACAGCAAGCUGGUCCGACUCUAUGCGGUGGUCACGCAGCAGCCGAUUUACAUCGUGACGGAAUACAUGGCCAACGGCUGCCUUCUGGAUUUCUUGAAGACAGACGAAGGAGCCAAGCUGAAUCUCCCAAAGCUUAUUGACAUGGCGGCCCAGGUUGCUGAAGGCAUGGCCUACAUCGAGAGAAUGAACUCGAUCCACAGAGACCUCCGAGCUGCCAACAUUCUGGUCUCGGACACCCUGUGUUGCAAAGUUGCAGACUUCGGAUUAGCUCGGGUCAUAGAGAAUGAAUACCUUGCGCAUGAAGGUGCCAAAUUCCCAAUCAAAUGGACAGCGCCUGAAGCGAUUAACUAUGGGAUUUUCACCAUCAAGUCUGAUGUCUGGUCUUUUGGGAUCCUCUUAACCGAAAUGGUCACCUACGGUCAGUCCCCCUACGCAGCUAUGACCAAUUAUGAAGUUAUCCGUAGCCUAGAACGGGGUUAUCGGAUGCCCUGCCCAGACUCGUGUCCUCUGGAACUUUACGCAGUGAUGCUAAAAUGCUGGAAAGUCAACCCUGAAGAAAGGCCAACCUUUGACUAUCUACAAUCUGCCCUGGAGGACUAUUUCACGGCCACAGAGACACAGUACCAGCCGGAGCCUGGAGUUUCCUGAGCUACGAUCCUGUCUGACCAAGUGGCCAGAGACUUUGGGGGAAAAAAAAUCACACCCUGGAAUACUGGUGUGCGGGAUUUGGUCCGAAUCAUGCCAAACCUUUCCAUCUUCGAUGUCAUGUCUGUCGCCCAUGUCCUCUGUUCUCCGACCCUGGUGAAAGGAGCUGCUUUCCGGAGCCGUCUGGAGAUCACAAAGAAGAAAACUCUAUGCCAAGCAUUAAAAGAUGAUUCAGAAAGCAAA